UUCCUUCUGCCAACUUGAAGGAGGGAUGGUUUGAAAUUUGCUCGAGUUUUGCGUCGCCUUCCAAAUUCCACAGUUGGCAUUAGGUUGUAGCCAUGACGCCGCUUGGUUGGGUGUGCGUGGCUGCGACCACCGCCGUCCUGCUUGUCCAGUCUUCGGGCCGUGAGACGGGGCCUGUCCGGGAGUCGGGGCGGCAGGUCCGCACGGUCCCCGCACCGUCUGUAGGGAAAUGUGGCCACAUCAAGGGGGGCGGCGUUUUCCACACACACUUCUACGUCUGCUGCAACAACUGUGACGAGAGCGGCGGAAACCCCACAUGUGACAGGACCACGUACCGGGGUAGAACUACCGGGGAGUACUGCGGCCACUGCGGCGCUGACCAGGGGAACGGCACGCGCGCUAGUUACUUCAGAUGUGGAGGCUGCGCUGGGCAAAGUCAUGUGCAGGAAAUGUGUAACGAGAAGUACUCCAGUUACCCUGGCUUUUGCUGGAUCCACAGCUACUGCUUCCAGCAUCGCUGUAAGAAAUACUUCCCACAGAAGGCCAGGAGGAGCCUUGCCUCUUUCUGCGGUGACGACACCUGUGACAAAGCUGAGAACACCACCACCUGUCCGUUCGACUGCUGCCCGGAGAAAAACCCGGGGGACUGCCAGAGGACCGAGGGCACAUGUCCGCGCGACUGCUGCUCCCAGGCCGGCUGCUGUCUGGUGUCCGCCAGUCCCACCGUACAGGCAGACACGGCGGUCUCUGCCGCUAUCGCAGCGGUGGCUUUUGCCUUCAGCUGGCUUUUCAACCGAAUAGAAUAGAAUUGAACAGUUUCAGGCGUCCAAAACCAAAAACAAGCAUUAAAGAGAGAACAUUUGAGUGCCGGGCAAUCUACCUUUUGGAACAAACUACUAGUACCACAAAUUUCCAAUAGAUCCGCCAACUGCUCAUAAUGUUUUGUGACUAGUAUGUAAAUUAUGUUCCUUUCAUUUGUACAUAAAGUAAAUUUCCUUUUGU